ACGCCGCGCGAAAGCGUGAACCGCUCGGACAGUGCGCGCAGUGCCAGCAAGUGGCCGGUUAUGCAACCGGCUUAACGACCGAGCCGCUACUACAACUGAAAGCGAGAGUGCGAGAUGUGUUACUACCGGUUUACCUGGUGCGUUCUGCUGGUCGCUGGCAUUGCUUCCCGCGCAACCGGUGACAGCAGGUCGUCCAAAUCCACAAUCAGCCACCAUCAAUCAGCGUCUAGCGAUGAGUCAUUCACCCCGCUCUCGCUGUACGGUGGCAGCCUCUUUCCUGCCGACGUUUCCGGCGACGAGCAGGCACCGUUCGCGCCGACCCUGCCCGUACCGGAAAAGCAGGUUUUGGAGCUAGGCGGCGAACCCGCUGCCGUAACCGGCCGCACCGGCACCCGAUCUCAGCCGCAGGCGGAUGUGGAGCACCUCAAUCCGGCGGCCCAAAAAAUCUAUCCCACCUUCUUCCGCAACAUCCCACCGUUGGGGCACUCGCGGCCCUACUACCAGUCGACGGAGGCGGCGAUCGAGCAGCGGUUCAACAAGCUGCGGAGUGGUGGUGUGGCGGCCGCCCCCGUCCCCCUGCCGGAGGUGGUCGCAUCGCCCCUGCUCGGUUCGGGCGAUUUCGGCAUCAUCAAGGGUGGCACCUUCUACUACGACACGGACGUGCCGGGCAAGGGGUUCGUGGACGAGUACUACGGGCUCGGGUACAGCGGCAACAAUGGGCACGGUCGGCCCCAGCUCGCCUACCUGGUGCAGAAGCCCCAGAAGGAGGAACAGUUCUCCAACUUCCGCGACUUUGCGGACAUCAACAUCUCGAACGAUCCGGCGUACUCGCACCAUGCGCCCCUGUACAUGGGCAUGGACGGGCGUGGGAAGCUCGCAAUACCGCCGCCAUCGUCGGUGGCACCUGCCACAGUACCUGAAACCAGCACGGCCGAUCCGGCGGUGAAGCGCGAACCGGAUAACAUACUGGACGAGCUGCGGUCGCUCGAUGCUUCACCGGAUUCGAAGGGCCGGCUGCGAAGCAAGGCGAAAAAGGAAACGCUGCUCGAGCGGAAAAAGCGACCAAAGUACGGCAAGAGCGUCAAGAGCGCCGCGGAGCCGCCGGAGGGUGAAGAUUACAUGGUAGCGGCAAGCUAAGCCGCUGGACACCGUGGGGGGACCUAAUCAGACUUGAGCGACAACAACGACAAAAAAACGACUUAAUUGUACAUUAAGGUUGGGGCUAGCGAAUGUCACACGCUGUUGGUGCAUUGGUAGCCACCGUUUAGUUCGUUAGUAAUUUUCUUCCCUCCCCUCCCACUAGCGUUCCAACCUUUCAGCUCGUUCCAAUCACCACUCAUUCUCAUCACUCGAACGGCCACAUGGAACGGAACUAGAUGAUUUGCACGUUACCAUCAAGCUCAUAUUCAUUAUCAUCAUCAUUACUCAUCGCUCAUCUGGGACGGAGAAAAAACGGCCACAUGCUCACCCUGUAGUCGACCAACUCUGUACUCCUGGAAUUUCGUCGUACUAGCGUAGAUAGCAGUAGAAUAAUUUUCCCAACGUCGCACACUUCCGUUCGGGUGCAGUACAGGCUUAUCGACACCGGCAUCAACACCUUCCUAUCCCUCUCUCGGGACACUAAGUAAUCCCCCGGGGGUGUGUUUAUAUAUGUGUGUCACCCUCUACCUACGCGGAGGCUACUACACGGCUAAUGACGACCGAAUAGGUUCUGGCGGGAGGGCGCGUUGGUCGAUAACGAUUUCUGUACUUGCCACCUAUCUGGAUGUGAUCGCAUCGUACGUUGCAGUGGGAAGAUCAAAAUUGUGUGCUCCUUACAUGACAUAGUUGAAUAAAAACAAAGUUUUACCUUUAAAAAGACAAACACAA